AUGAGAGUGAGUCUGGUGCGUCGCCUUUCAAAACAAUCAGAUCACACAGCAUAUAAAAAGUACGCUCUGUUUUCUCCUUUCUCCUCCUGCGCACCAUCAUUAUUCAAGAAACCCUCCACCUUCCUCCUUCCUCCGGCCUCCCUUCUCCUCCGCGGCUCCGCCUUCGGCCUCCCACCACCGGCUCCCCCUUCCUCUGCCCUCUCCGUCGCCCUAUCCGCCUCCACUGAAAGUGGUCAAAAAGAUGCAUCUGUGACCGACGGAUACAAUGGUUGGAACAAAAAAGAUAGACUGGGUAUUCAUGUAGGUAAGCUGAAUAGUUUUCACAACAAAGCUCUUCAGAGAUGUGACGAUUUUCGUAAACCAAAACAAUCUAUUAGUAGUGCCUUUCAAAAGCAUGGUCAACCUAGCCAAAAACACAAAAUCGAGUAUAGAAUCCGAUUAAGCACAUCAGUUAUUCUUGCUAAAGCUUUAUUGAAUGGUGCAUUACUGUUUCGUGGUCAUGAUGAGUCUGAAAGUUCAAUUUAUAAAGGACAUUUCUUGGAAUUUUUAAAACUAUUGGGAGAGUUGAAUGAGUCCAUUGGUAAGGUUAUAUUAGGAAAUGCUCCGGGGAAUAACCAAAUGACGUCUCCAAAAAUUCAGAAAGAUAUUUUUGAUGAGUCUCGUGAUAUAUCUAAAAUAGAACAAAUGGCAGUCAUUUUGAGAUAUGUUGACAAGCAUGAGGUUAUUAAAGAGCGAUUUACCGCCCUUGUUCAUGUCAUGGAAACAUCAGCACUAUCUCUGAAAUCAGGGUUAGAGGUCAAGAAUACGAUGGUGCUAGCAAUAUGGCUGAUGAUUCGAGAAAAGCAAAAGGAGAAAGUACAAGAAGCAAUAGGUCGUGAAGGAGUUGAAACCGGGAGUGGUUUAAAUCAAAAACUAUCUACUGCAAGAGCCGGAUAUACACGUUGGAGCUCUCAUCAUAAGACACUUGUGCGUUUGGUUCAGUUAUAUCCAACAAUUUUUGAAGUGCUUCAAUAUAUUCGGAAUUCCGGUUUCAAUAAUGUUCACCAAAGACAAGCAAAUGCUCUUCAAAGAAAGGACCAAGAUAUAGUGAAUGCAAUUCAAAUGGUUACUGCAACGAAGCAACAACUUCAAACAUAUAGACUUGAAGGAUUUGAUUCACUUUUGAAAGAUGUGGCAUCUUUUUGUGAAAAAAAUGAGAUUGAAAUUUUUGACAUGGAAGAUGAAUACGUUAAUCCGAAAUAUAAAAGAAAAAUGACUAACAUCACCAAUCACCAUUAUUAUGAGGUUGAAAAUUUCGACACGGUGUUAGAUAUGCAAUUACAAGAGCUUGACAAUCGUUUUAGUGAGAUUUUAAGGUUGGCCGAGUUUUAUCUAUUUGAUUUUAGUUAUGAAGAAAGAGAAUCUCUUAUGAUUGAGCUAGGCAACUACAUUAUUAUUAUGAGAAAAGAUGGAAUGUUUGCUAACGUGAAUGAGAUAUAUAAUCUUGCAAAGAGGAUGGUAGAAACAAAGAAACAUUUGAGGUAUACGUUGGUCUAUCGUUUAUUAAAGUUAGCAUUAAUUCUACCGGUUGCAACGGCAAGAGUUGAGAGGUGUUUUUCGUCAAUGAAGCAUGUGAAGACGGAUUUGCGUAAUCGAAUGGGUGAUGAUUAUAUGAACGAUUGUUGCAUUUGUUAUAUCGAAAGAGACCUUCUUGCCAAUGUUUCGGUCGACGAUGUAAUCGAUCAUUUUUAA